CAGUUCCUCUUCCCUGCAGUCACUGGGUGCAGAGCCCGGGGAGCGCCAGCGACCGCAGUGGCGCCACGGAGGGUGCGGGAUCUGCCCCUGCGUCGGCCCCAGAGCCCGCAGCGCCCCCCGCGGAGGCCGAGGCGGCUGGUGGGUCGCAAAGGUUGCCUGAAUGGAGGGUGCCCUGGCCUGGGUGCUGCCGCUGCUGCCGCUGCUGCUGCAAGAUCCGGGCAGCUGGGGUCUGUCCUGCAGCGUGUCCUCGGAGCCCGUGAACUGGAACGUGGCCUCCAAUGCCCAGUGCCUGAACUUCAGCGGCCUCGGCCUGAGCCUGCCCCAGAACCAGUCCCUGCAGGUGGGCGGCCUGGAGCUGCUCGACCUGUCCCGGAACGGCCUCCCCGCGCUCCCGCCGGCCUUCUUCGCCGACCUGGAGAAGCUGCGGAUCCUGAACGUGACGGGCAGCCGGCUGGGCCGCGUGGACAGGGCGCUGGCCUUGCGCUGUGAGCUCGACUUGCGAGCCGACUGCGGCUGCGGCCUGGCGGCCUGGCACGAGGCCCGGCGGGACAACUGCUCCGGCCAGCUGCCCCUGCAGUGUCUGGACGCGGCCAGCGGUGCCUGGCACAACCUCUCAGCCUUCCUGGAGGCCGGCUGUCCCCCCGGCCUGGGCCCGGCAGCCAUCGGCGGCCUGGUGGCCGGCGGAAGCCUGCUGGCGGGGGUCGCCGUCGCCGGCCUGGUGCUGGCCUGGAGGCUUUGGGGACGCUGGACGGCCAGCACCUGGGACACGGGCAAAACUCGCGCCGCCCAGGAGGGUCCCAGGCCCGGCUCUGGGCGACAGCCGCGGUACGGCAGCCGGGGUCUCGGCUCCAGGCCCCCUGCGGGCGCCCUCGCCAGCCCCUGCACGUCCGACUACGAGAAUGUGUUUGUGGGGCCACCGGACGCCGGGCCCAGCCUGCAGGGAGACCCAUGGGCUGAACACAGGGCUUCAGAGCAGGACUUCUACAUGAAUUACGAGAGUGAAGGCCAGGACAAUCAGCCCAUCUACUGUAACCUGCAGUCGCUGACCCGGGUCCCACCGGAUGAAGAGGAGUAUGUGAUCCCCGGCCACUGAGCCUUCGUCAUCCCGCCUCCACUGGCCCGUGACCCUGGGCCUUCGACUCCCCCAGGCCUCGGCCUUCCCCUUUGACGAAGGGGUAUGGUGUCCUUUGCAGCCAGGAGGGCUGAGGUGUGAACCCAGCCACGGCAUGCAGGCGGUGCUCAAUAAACGCGGCGGGUCCAGUGAGGCUGUUGGCUCAGGGUGA